UUUCAAUUGUAACUGGAAUGCACCUCGUGUCGCUUGGUUUUCCAGAUCUUUUAAUCUGAACUGGAUCGAUUGGUUUUGUAAUCUUUAUGCUGACUGUGCAGGGUGGCAGACAGAACUCGUUCUUUGUGUGAAAUAUGAACAGGCGGCAGCAGAGGAUGGCUGAACUUUGACCUAAUUUUCCUAGUAUUUCACAACAUUCCCGUUGAGUUUUCUGUUGCUCCGCCCAAACUAACACCAGAAGCCAGGAACAGACGACCUUGUCUGGACUCCAAAGAGGAUUGUGGAAAAUAACUUUUGUCUGUGGCACAAAUGAAGAAAGUUUUAUCGUUUCUCCUGACUACUUAUGUUUCAGUGCCUGUUAUUCUCUACCUGUUCCCCUGGAUACUGAGCCAUGCCAUAUUCUCUCACCUGCUGAGGUUUCCAUACUUCGUCGAUCUCCGCAGACCUCAAGAUGUCCUGAACCACACUUGCAACUUCUACCUCAGCAUAGAGGAGGGCGUCUCAGUGGGAGUGUGGCACACGCUCCCUGUCAGCCAAUGGGAUGCGGCCGCUGGGAGAAAUGUCGACUGGUACCGUGAGGCCCUGGGAGACGGGAGUCCUGUUAUUAUCUACCUCCAUGGAAACGUCGGGACCAGGGCGAUCAGUCAUAGAGUGGCGCUGGUGAAGAUUCUGAGUGCUGCAGGGUACCAUGUCUUAUCCAUAGACUACAGAGGGUUUGGAGAUUCCACUGGAGACCCCAGCGAGGCUGGAUUGACCAGCGACGCCCUCUACCUGUAUCACUGGGCAAAGACACAAAGCAGGGGCAGCCUGGUCUGCCUGUGGGGACACUCUCUGGGCUCCGGAGUGGCAACCAACGCUGCAGUAAAAAUUCAAGAACAAGGGCCUGCUGUCGAUGCUGUAAUCCUGGAAGCUCCGUACACGAGAAUUGGAGAAGUUGUAGCAAACCAUCCGCUCGCCAAGAUAUACAUGAUACUGCCAGGUUUCGAGAGUUUGCUCUGGAACAUUCUGGAAAGGAUCAACAUAUCGUUUGCCAAUGACAAAAAUUUAAAGACGCUGAGCAGUCCGCUUCUGAUCCUGCAUGCAGAGGACGACAACGUUGUUCCGUUUCACAUGGGUCAGAAGCUGUACCAGAUAGCGCUGGGAGCCCAGAGGGAAUCCAACACAGAUGCUCGGGUCCACAUGGUCGCCUACGAGGCAGACCUCGGACUGUCCCACAGCCACAUCUACUUGGGCCCAAAUGUGUCAGAUGUGGUACAGAACUUUCUACAAAAGUUGAGAUAACAGAUAAUCCUCCAUUAGAAGGAUGCAAGUCUACAAAAAUAAAAAAAAAAGGAAAUAAAGUUCUUUGUGGCACUAAACAUUUGAUUUUUUUUUUUAUUUUAAGCAUGAGAAAAUCAUUAAUCCCAUCUUUACUCUAGUUCAGCUUUUGCAAAAAUCUCUUGAUUACAAACAUUAUUUCUCUCCAUACAGGCCAGCUAAAGUCAAACUAAUGUAAGAAACUCUUUGCUGCUGCAGCGAUCCUGAUAUCCAUCCAACUUCCUGAAUCCUAUGACCAUUAUGAGCCGUAGGAAUGUCAGAAACAAGAGCGUUCUCAGAGCUUCUCCACCCCUCACAGACUGAAUUGGUUGACGCUAAAGAAAUGUAACAGUAUUUUGACUCAGA